AUGAGCUUGCUAUCUAUAAUAGCUGCAUAUACAGAGGAUCCGCACACCUUACGCAUGGUUAAAGCUAUUGCUAAUCUUUGUGGCAACGAGAGGAACCAUGGCGCUGGAUCUGUGAAAACUAAGGCUUCUCAUGGUGCGACCAGAGAAGUCCCUAAGACCAACGGUGGGCUUGAUGUUGUUGAGAUGGUUGAAGGAACUGCAGCUUCCACUCCAACUUUACCUGCUCACAUGGAAUUAAUGCUGAGAUGA